AUGGCGAAGUCAAAGAACUCCUCGCAGCACAACCAGUGGCGCAAGGCGCACCGCAACCCCACCAAGAAGCCCAAGACUUCGAGAUACCCGUCUCUGAAGGGCUGCGAUCCCAAGUUCCGCCGCAACCACCGACAUGCUCUUCACGGCACCGAAAAGGCUCUGAGGGAGGCCAAGGAGGGCAAGCGGGAGACCGUCUAG